AUGGCCCGGGGAACCGCAUCUGUAUUUGCCGUAGCACUAGGCAUGAUAAGACAUGAUCCCAACGCCAAAGCAAUGGCACUCCUACGCACCAAGCCCGCGCUCACCAAACCAGAAGAACGACUCAACCGUCCAGAAAUCCAUCCCCUCCUCAACACAAUCCUCACCUAUCCCUCCCCGCACAUCUCCCUCUCCCCAAAGGCUUACUACCCCGAGGACGGAUCUCCCGAUCCCUCCAUCCCUCCCUCCCAUCUAGCAGCAUACAUCCAAACGCUCUCCUACCUCUCCUCCAUCCACCUCAACAUCAUCCAACAAGAACACCCCAUGGCCACCGCCCGCCGCUUCACAGCCUUCGGUCUCCAAGUCCCUAAACUCUUCAUCGAUCUAGUAGAAGAGAAACAGCCGCGUGCUUUGGUCAUUUUCGCCUACUAUUUUGCCAUGGCGACGUGUUUGGUUGAGGGAGGUGGUCCUACUGAUAGGAUCGUUCUGGAGAUGAGAAAUGGUGAGGAUUUGGAUUUGGGGAAAACUUUUUGGUGGUUGGGUAAUAUGGUGCGCAGGGAGAUUGGUGGGAUUAGUGGUAUUUUACCGGGUGGUUGGGAGGCUUUGAUGAGUUGGCCGAGGAGGGUCGCUGGAUUGGAGCGCAAAAUAGGAAAGGUGGUUAGAACUGUAUCUACUCGUCUUGUAUUUUUAGCAUUAGCAUUAGCAUCUAUGAUUUUAUAA